AUGUUUUCCACAUUCGAAUUUCUUAAACUGACUAUGCUUGCGGCUUCUACCAGGUUGGGCUUGUGGGGUGUUACUGAUACUGUUGGGCGACGUCAUUAUGUAACUUUCAUAGAUAUCAGCGCGACCUCUAACUCUCACGUUGCUGAUCUCGAUCGAGUUUGUUAUCUGCUGAUUACGAUACCGAUAACUAAUCAAACAGUUAUCGUCUUGCCGCAAGAAAUAGUUUUGAACGUUGAUGCUAACUAUCUCAUCAUGGAAGUCUUUAUUUUUUCAAACUGUUGCUACUGUGUUAAACAUCUUAAAACUUCCUCGGUAUCACUAGGAUGUACAUGGAAGGAUAAACGGUAG